AUGGAGCCGCCUGCGAGACCUUCGUCUCAUAACCUCUUUGAGGUCUACCUGCGUCUGCGUCCACCGCCACCCGGCGCAACGCAAACAGAUCGCAUCUUGAACGUCGAGUCGCCCGAAGACACGACCAAGUCGCAUCCGUCGCACAUUACUCUGAACCCACCGACUGAUAGACGGCGAGCGAUUGAAAAGUUUGCGUUUACGAGAGUGUUCGAGGAUGAUGCUUCUCAGCUGGAUGUUUUUCAUUGCACGGAGAUUGCGUCCCUGGCUGAGGGUGUUCUGGCGCCUCAGGGUGGUGAAGGGACGGAUGCUGUUGUUGCGACGCUUGGAGUGACGGGCUCCGGAAAGACACACACUAUCCUAGGGUCAAAGUCCCAGCGAGGCCUUACCCAACUCGCUCUCGACGUCCUCUUCCGAUCGAUCGGACCCAAUAUGCUGGAAUCAGCAUCACUUCCAUCAGUUAUCGAGUCUCUCCAGGCAUGCGAUCCGUCUGAAUCGAUUCUCUCAGCGGCAACGUACUUCCUCGAGUCAACGUUUGCUGAUCCAUCUGGCCACUCGCGAGCACCUUCACGAGCUGCGACUCCUAUGCUGGUACGACCGUCCGAGCCGUGUAUUUCUUUUGCUCAUCCUCACAACUUGGUACAUUUGACGUAUCGCAAUUCCAGUCUGGCAGUCCAGAUACCAGGAAGUUAUCCAGAGUCAGCGACGACAAGCCCGAAGAGUGUCAGGCUUGUCAGCGAAACCGAGCAGAAUCCCCCAGUGUCACUACCCAAGCGGGAGAAGAAGCAACAUCACUUCAUGUCCUCUACUGCAACUGCGCGUGUAAGAAAUGUAACUAAACAAGAAGUCAAGGGCGAUCACGGUGUCUUGUCUCCUGGACCAAGACGAAACCUAGCGAGACCGUCAGCGCUUCCUCAGAUACCCGACAUCAGCGGCAUCAACAUUUCCUGCGACCCUUCUUCAGAAUACGCCAUUGUUGUGUCCAUGUACGAGGUCCACAACGACAGAAUUUACGACCUUCUCACACCUGCUUCUAAAUCCGCCGCCACCAAAGAGUUCCGUCGCCGGCCUCUCCUCUUCAAGUCGACGGAGCUGUCACCUGAUCGAAAGGUUGUCGCUGGAUUGCGUAAAGUAGUUUGCGCCUCGUUCAAAGAUGCCAUCAUGGUGCUCGAAGCUGGCCUAUUGGAGCGCCGUGUUGCUGGUACCGGCAGCAACAGCGUUUCCAGCAGAAGUCAUGGUUUCUUCUGCUUCGAGGUCAAAAAGCGUGCCAGAAGCAGAAGACCUGGUCCUUGGGGUGGCAGCAAGCUCACUAUUGUUGAUCUGGCGGGCAGUGAGCGUGCUCGUGAGGCAAAGACUCAGGGUGCUACCCUAGUUGAGGCCGGUAAGAUCAAUGAGAGCUUGAUGUAUCUGGGACAGUGUCUGCAGACGCAGAGUGAGCUAUCGACUUCAACCAAGCCAAAUGUCGUUCCCUACCGUCAGUGUAAACUGACUGAACUACUCUUUUCUAACUCGUUCCCCUCCUCGUCGUCCUCAGCACAUCCUCAUGCUCCUCGUCGUAACCCGCAACGAGGUGUCAUGAUUGUAACUGCCGACCCCAGGGGUGAUUUCAACGCAACCUCUCAAAUCCUGAGAUAUAGUGCUCUCGCACGAGAAGUCACCGUUCCUCGCAUUCCAUCCAUCACGGCGACCAUUCUCGCCCAAGCACCGCCGACUGGAAACCCACGAUCAAUCAGUCCAGUUCAGCAACACCAGCGACACUUUGUGCCACCAGGAUCAUCCGGUUCAUACAGGAACCACACACCGCCUAUGAACGUCGACGAACGCGCGACUAUGGAGAUUGCCGCUUUGGAAAUCGCUAGGAUGAGUGAUGAAAUCGACCAACUUCGGGCAGAGGUUGACGAGCAAUUGGAAGCACGCAUAACUGCCGAAGCCCACUUGCUGAGCAUGGAAGAUCGCAUGCUAGAUCUUGAGGCGGCUAUUCGCGAUGACUGCGCCACAGAGUUUGAGCAGCGUCUCAUGCUGGAAUUGGCUCGUUUCAAGGCUUCAAUGACGCUGGAGCAAGAGCGGAACGACGAGCACUGGGACCGCAAGGUGGACAUUUUGGAGCGAGGUCUGGAUAACCUGGACGAGAGUGACGGCGACAAGGAGAACGUACUUGUGGAAGAUCUUACGCAAGAAGUCGAGCGUCUCCGAAGAGAAAACGCCAUCCUGAAGCGUGAAUUGGCAGGCCGCAGUCCCACCAAGCGCAAGCCCCUUGAAGAGAGAGAAGAUUUCUCACCGGCCACUGCUACCACUUCGAAGGAGGGUGUAGCUAACCUCGGGAAGAAGUUGGAGCGAAUGCGCGUUAGCACCGAUAGUUCGAGGGCAGCGAGCGGUGCGAGUACUGGGAAUGGAAGCCCGAAGAAGAUGAGGAAGCUGGGAAGCGCCAAGCGAUGGGAGGAGGCGAAAGAGGAGUUGUAG